CGGUGCUCUUGUUGCAGGUAGAGAGUCGCAAACCGCCCGCUCUCCGCAGCCAACUGGUGCGCUUUGCGAGUCGGAUUGGAGGUGGGACUAUCGUGAUCGUCGUGCUGGAGGACGGUGUGGACGAGCAGCUGAGGUCGGUGAUAUCCGGGUGGCAGGUGGAGAGUCGCUGACCACCUGGGACAUGGAGGUCGAGGAGGAGAAGAUCACCGUGCUGGAGGGCCGUGCGGACGAGCAGCUGGGGCGCUACUGCGCAGAGGCCAACGGGAGCCGUGACGGAGGACACAAGGACGAGCACCCUGAGGAUGGCGGGCAGGAGGCGGCCGAGGACGAGGGUUGCUCCGAAAACCAGUACGACGGGGAACAGAAGAGCGUUCCCGCGCUGGAUUUGCGUAUUCGAGGCGACAAAAAGACGCACGAGUGUGGGGAAUGCAGGAAGCGUUUUAGAAAGAAAUCUCAGCUUGUUAUCCACCUCAGGUUCCACACUGGCGAGAAACGAUUUAAUUGUGACACGUGUAGCAAAAGGUUUAUACAGAAAUGUGACCUUGAUAAGCACAUCAGGAUCCACACUGGGGAGAAGCCAUUUGAGUGUUACGUUUGUAAGAUGCGUUUUAGUGUGAAAUGUAACCUAGCUGCCCACGUAAGGACCCACACUGGCGACAAGCCGUUUGCAUGUCACGUGUGCAAGAAGCGUUUUAUCCAGAAACGUUCUCUUGAUAAUCACGUUAAGACCCACUAGUCUUGAGGCCUAUUAAAUGUAGCAUUUGUAAGCAGAUUUUUCGAGACAAAUCUUAUCUUCGCUCUCACGCUGAAACACACUACUGAAUAAGAUUGUAAUUACGUAACAAUGAAUUAUUGUUACUUCGUUUGCUGCUUCGUUUGGAAUUGCCUUUCUUAUGCUCAUGUUAGUUCUUAAAAGAUAAACCAAGCAAGCUCUUAAAAUAUAAAUAU